AUGGCUACUCGAAGAGCUUAUACUAGAAGGAAUGUGAGGGAGAAUGCGGAACAAGAAGCUCAUCCCCAAGCUCUUCAAGUUCCGGUUGAUCAUUUUGGCGAGCAAGUAACUAAUGUGGAGUUUAGGGCUGCUCUUCAAGUGUUGGCUCAAGCAGUGACGGCCCAAGCCAACAUCGCUCGUCUCAUGGUUCAUGCUCAACAGUUCAAAGAGGAAAAACUUAAGGAAAAGUCUUGGGAAACAAAGAGGGCUAAGACCGGUGAUGGUAAUUUCUCUCAUGCAAGAUUCGAAGGACAUGAUCGUCCUAGAUUUCGACAGAGGUGUGGAAAGAAGCACGAAGGUAAGUGCCUAGUCGGCAUAGAUGGUUGCUUCAGUUGUGGUAAGAAUGGUCAUAAGAUGACGGAUUUCCCAAAGCUCACGGCUAAAGGAAGAGAGGGCAAACAAGAAAAUCCUAGUGGUUUGGGUUCCAAUGCACCCAAGAAAAACUGA